AUGGCCUCAUCUCUCCCACCAAAGGACAACGUCCUGUCAAGCCAGCCAGAUGCUGUCUUCACCCUGUUCCCCGACCUGCCGGCCGAGCUCCGCGCCGAGAUCUGGCAAUGGGCCAUCGCGGCAGAGCCCUUCGCGCUCGUCGGCGUAACCCACCGGCAGUUCGACGGCCUCGGGGCACGCAUACACGCCGGCCAUCCCAAGAUGGACCUGUUUAGGAGAUCCGGCAGGAUAGGGCUCGUCUGUCACGAGGCCCGGCAAGAAUGGCGACGUGUCGCAAGGCCCGUAGAACUCGCGGGCACAUAUCCCCUGCCGCUGGUUGGCGCCAGAGGGCCGCCCUCAGCCCUCCUACCCGGCCUGGACCUAGAGCGCACCGUCUUCUGCCUCGCCACGACGGCCAGCCUCGGCGCCGUGCCCCCGGGGGCGCGGCACAUCGCCGUCGUGCCCCGCGACGACAGCGACGGCAGCGCCUUCCACCACAGCCUCUGGGCCGCCGUGCGCGGCGGGGCACCGCGAGGCGGCGGCGGUGGUGGUGGGGGAGCAGGAGGGAACCGGCUGCCGCGCCUCGAGACGCUGGUGCAGGUCAUCUUCCUCGCCCGGCACCAGCGGCAGCAGCGGCGCAGCAGCAGCUGGAGCGACGGCGACUACCGGGCGGCGGUCGAGAAGAACAAGGGGGCCAGCGGCGGGCUGCUCCGGACGACGGCGGUGACGACGACGACGACGACGGUCUGGCAGCUCGACAUGCCCUUCCCGGACGAGGUCGGCCUGCUGCCCGCGGCCCGCGACAACGGGGCGCCGGCGCACAUCGCCCGGCAGGUCGGCGAGAUGCUCGAGGGCCGGAUCGAGCCGGCGGCCGAGUGGGACUGGGAGAGCUACGUGCGGGAGCUGCAGAGCACGCCGCGGGUGCAGUUCCGCGGCGCGGGCGUCGCGGUGAGGACGGCCGCCGGGGACCGCCCCGUCGUCACCAUGAAGGACGGCAGGGCGCUGCCUUACCGGGGUCGGGGCAUCAGGCUGGCCUUCCUAGCUCUGAGGAGACUGGACUGA